UCUAAUUAAUGGCACAUUACGGGGAUCACAGAGGAGGGACUAAUUUGACAAGUUCAGCCAAUUCAGUAUAUGAAGAUAUUGAACCUUCCUCCGGUUGGAUAGAGGAUGCGGAAAAUCAUUAUCUUCUCAUUGAUCUUCCUGGAUUCAAAAGGGAGGAGGUGAAGCUUCAAGUUGACACAUUUGACAAUAUAAAGGUAAGUGGAGAAAGGAAGGUAGGCGAAUAUAAAUUUAUUCGCUUUCAAAAAUCAAUGAAAGCACCUGAAAAAUCGAAAUCUGAGGAUACCAGUGCAAGGCUUGAAGACGGGAUUUUGUUUGUGAUCAUCCCAAAAGAAUUACCAGAAAACAAUGAACGCGACGAGGCAGCAAUUGCUAGCUCUGGUCAUGAAGAGAAUCAACAAGAGGAAAUUGAAAGUUCGAAAGGUCAUGAAAAAGAAAAUGAUAAAGAGGGAUUGAGUAGGGACGAAGAAUUUCAUGAUGCAAAAAUGGCGAAAAAGUGGCACGAGGUUUAUCUAGUGGCAGCAGGAAAAGAAAUUCUGAAGAACAACAAAACAAUUGUAAUUACAGCAUUGCUAGCAUUUUCUUUCGGGGUUUACGUUUCUCAAAAAUAUCAGUCAACUAAAAUCGAUUAA